AUGAUUACAAUUCCGAACCAAGAAGAAAGUGAUGAACUUGUUGGAGGUAGGUGCCACAUGUUGGCUAAAUUUUAUAGAAUUAAAAGUUGAAUCGUGGCUCCUUUAAACGACUUAGUUCUAAAUGUAGGAUCAGUGAUUUAUCACGCUGGAAUUGCCUACUUGGUCUAAUAAUAAGGAGAGUUGGGGGGGGGGGGGAGCGGUUCCCAGAGCCCCUCCCCUGGAUCCACCACUACUACACUGUAAAUUAAAAAGAUCUGUUUCAGCCCCAAAGUGUCAAUUCAGCCCUGCAGGCCAAAGUCUGGUUCAACCCUUCCUGGAACCAUUUGAGCACAAUUUAGGCCCAAAAAGCUCUAUCAAAAGGCUAUUCCAGCCCACGGUAGGGCCCAUUUCAGCCCUGGAACCAAAUCAGCCCUAGCUAAUUGGACUGUAUUGGCCCUGAUUUAAGGGAGCCAAAUUAGACCCAAAAAUAGGACUGUAUUUUACUCACUGAAACGGCCCUGUUUUUAGGGCUAAAACAGAUCUUUCUGAUUUAGAGUGUACCAACUGAGCUAUGAGGAUCCAUACAUUAGUAGCAGGCCAGAGCUACGACAGUGGAUUACAAAUGAAUCGGGAAAAAAAAAAUUGUGAAGUUCAUCUUGACCAGGAAAUGCGAUUACGACCGCUAUGGUCGUAACUUAAUUUAUAUUUGUAUUCCCACAGUGCACAUCAUCUUCCUUCGAGAUAGAACACUUUUAGAAUUACGUAUUACAAAGAUUAUUAAACCUUACAAACAACAAAAAUGAACUUUGAAAAGCUGUUGACCUAUCAUUAGUUUCCAAAAACUACAAUUGCAAUCCGCCUCAAUAUCACCUCAAUUUUGUCCAUGUCUCCCUCGUUAUUUUACUGAUUCACUCAAUUUAGAAGAGGUUCCCACUGUUUGAAGUUUGACAAAUUUCGUAACACGGCUGCUUUAAUAAGCCAUACUUCCGCUCACGUGUCUUCGUUUGCAGGAAGAAGUGCCAGGCAGGAAAACAAUAAAGCAGACCUAGUCCAAUUUGAUAGACCAACCGCGGACGAAGAAGCGGAGCUGAAAGAGCUGGAAUUCCGCGCGCGAGCUCUUGAAUCGCUUGUCCGCGCGCGUGAACGACAGUUCUCUAAAAAGAUACAUACCUACAACAACUAA